AUGGCCAUAGACACAGUUAUACUAGACAUAGAAGGGACCGUAUGCCCCAUAACGUUCGUCAAGGACAAGUUAUUCCCCUACUUUCUCGACAAACUCCCAAGCUGCCUCGACGCGAUACAAUUCCCCUUGUCUCGUAAUGCCUCGCAAGAUCCCAUCGUCGAGAUCCUAUCACAAUUACCACCCGACAUCACCACUAGCUCCAACGCGACUUUCAGCCACUUCAAGAAUCUAGUGGAAAACGACGUCAAGGACCCCGUGUUGAAGUCGUUGCAAGGUCUAGUGUGGAAACACGGAUACCAGUCGGGAGAAUUGCAGAGCCCCGUCUACAAAGACUCCGUUGACUUUAUUGAAUCUUUCCCCACGCAACACAAGGGGAAAAUCUACAUCUAUUCAUCGGGGAGCAUUCCCGCUCAGAAGUUGCUAUUUAGCCAUGUCUACAAUCAAGGUGCAUCAUCAGCCAUUGACUUGAAUCCGAAAUUGAGUGGAUAUUUCGACAUCACCACUGCCGGCUCCAAACAAGAAGCUAGCUCAUAUGCCAAGAUUCUUGACCAGAUCGAGAAACAGGCGGAUCCAAAAUCGGUGCUAUUUUUGAGUGAUAAUUUAAAAGAGGUGGAAGCUGCAAUUGAAGCUGGUGUGAAUAGCUACAUCGUGGUGAGACAAGGCAAUGCGCCAAUUUCACAAUCACAUUUGCUGAAACAUAAAGUGAUUGAAACUUUAGCAGGGCUCGACUUGUGA